AUGGCAAUCCCAGUUUUUGAUUUCUCAAAGCUUGAUGGUGAAGAAAGGGCCCAAACAUUGGCUCAACUUGCCAAUGGAUGCGAGGAAUGGGGCUUCUUCCAGCUGGUGAACCAUGGAAUUUCAGAUGAGCUUCUGGAGAGGGUGAAGAAGGUGAGCUCUGAGUGCUUUAAGCUGGAAAGAGAGGAGGAAUUCAAGAAGUCUGCACUUGUGAAGUCAUUAAAUGGCCAAAAGUUGGAGAAUGUGGACUGGGAGGACGUCUUCACCCUCCUGGAUGAUAAUGAAUGGCCCUCGAAAACCCCCGGAUUCAAGGAAACCAUGACAGAAUACAGGACAGAACUGAAGAAACUAGCUGAGAGGAUCAUGGAAGUGAUGGAUGAGAACUUGGGCUUACCAAGGGGAUACAUCAAGAAAGCAUUCAAUGGUGGAGAAGAAGACAAUGCCUUCUUCGGCACCAAGGUGAGCCACUACCCACCAUGCCCUCAGCCAGAGUUAGUGACUGGUCUCCGAGCUCACACCGAUGCCGGGGGUGUCAUCUUACUCUUCCAAGAUGACCAGGUGGGAGGCCUUCAAAUCCUCAAAGAUGGGCAAUGGAUUGAUGUGCAGCCACUGCACAACUCCAUUGUCAUUAACACAGGGGACCAGAUUGAGGUCCUGAGCAAUGGCCUCUACAAGAGUGUUUGGCACCGGGUUUUAGCCACCCCAACUGGAAACAGAAGAUCAAUUGCUUCAUUCUAUAACCCAUCACUCAAGGCCACCAUAGCUCCUGCACCACAACUGGUGGAGAAAGCAAACCAAGAAGUGGAUCAAGCAUAUCCCAAGUUUGUGUUUGGUGACUACCUCUCUGUUUAUGCUGAGCAGAAGUUCCUCCCCAAGGAACCAAGGUUCCAAUCUGUGAGGGCCGUGUGA